AGUAGUAAUGAGGAGGGACUGUGCUUCACUAGUGUGAUAUGGUAUAAUUGGUGAGAAUUGUCUGGUGACACCUGCAGAUAGUAGUGGUGAACAAGAUUGUCUUAUCUUAUCUUAGAGGAAUCUUCUCUACAAUGGAAGCCUGCUUGAAGAUCUUUCUGUAAUCCUAUGAAGAAGUUCAGUGGAAAGAUAUUGUCAUGCAAACCAAUGAAAGUUCCAUGGAAACGAAAUGAAGCCAAUUUCAAUGGAAAGAUACGGUCAUGAACAACCGAGUGGAAGCCUGCUUCGAGAUCGCCUCUCAGCACAGACCUUUCGUACGUUACUGCUACACUCUUUGGAACGUCGCAAGAUCCUAUCCUGCUGGAACGGCCGGGCGGGUUUCUUCUGUUAUCCGAGCAUGGUGUUUCGGAUUAUCCUCUGGUGCAGUAUGCGCAGAAGCACUUCUGGCAGCAAAACAUGGACGAGCACGGUUGUGACAGCACCCUUUGCAUCUUCGACGUCGUAAGGAACGCUUUGGGACUCGAGAUGCAAGAUAGCUCCGCUUCUUCGGCAUGUACUGAACGAGCUAAACCUUGUUUUAGUGCACCAUCAGUAGCGUCAUCUCCAACAACAUCAUGCGGAGCUGACUGCGAUCAAGAUCAUGACGCGAUGAAGAAGAAGGAUGGCUCAACGACGACACCCUCCAACGUCAGGGAAAAGGAAUCACCUGCUGUGCGGGACGAUGGCAAAGCUUGUUCCUUUACGGUUGUUUUCGAACAGAGGCGUGCUCUGGGCGCCUAUUAUCAUAUGAUAAUUCGCAAAGAUCGCAUGAUGAGGGGUAUUUUUUUACCUCGUGAUUAGAUGUUGCUGGCGAAUGUUUUUCUGCUAGUCCAUUUUACCUCAAUUAUUAUGAUGAAUGCGAUAAAUUAUACCUGUUGUUCUUGUUGUUUAAAAGGACAUCUUCAGCGACAGCUGCAUGGGUGAAGGUUCCGAUGUCGGUAAAACUAGGAAGCAAAAUGAUCUGUCUUACCGCAGGAGAUGUGACAUCAUAUUAUUUGUUACUUAUCAUGGAAGAAGAUCUAAUUGUGAUCCAAAUCCAACCACGACAAUUUUUUCAAGAAUGACUGUGAUCCGUG